AUGGCUAACGCACAAGACGCCGCAGAGGCCAACAUCCAGAUCUGGAAGAUCAAGAAGCUCGUCAAGCAGCUCGAUGCUGCUCGCGGUGCUGGUACCUCGAUGAUUUCGCUCAUCCUUCCACCAAGGUCUCAGAUCUCCCAAGCUUCCAACAUGCUUACCCAAGAGUACGGUACCGCUUCCAACAUCAAAUCGCGUGUCAACCGUCUCUCGGUGCUUGCCGCCAUCACCUCCACACAGCAGCGUCUAAAGCUCUACAACAGAGUUCCCGACAACGGUCUCGUCGUAUACUGUGGCACCAUCCUCACCGACGAAGGCAAGGAGAAGAAAGUCAACUUUUCCUUCGAGCCUUUUAAGCCCAUCAACACAUCUCUUUACCUUUGCGACAACAAAUUCCACACCGAAGCGCUAAGCGAGCUUCUCGAGGCCGAUGCCAAGUUUGGUUUCAUCGUCAUGGACGGUAACGGUUCGCUUUUCGGUACGCUUUCGGGUAACACCCGUACAGUUUUGCAGAAGCUCUCGGUAGACUUGCCAAAGAAGCACGGUCGUGGUGGUCAGUCAGCGCUUCGCUUCGCCCGUCUACGUGAGGAAGCGCGUCACAACUACGUUCGAAAGAUUGCCGAGCUUUCCACCCAGCACUUUAUCACCGACAACAAGUGCAACGUCGCCGGUCUCGUUCUUGCAGGUUCCGCUGAUUUCAAGACCGAGCUCAGUCAGUCCGACAUGUUCGACUACCGUCUUCAACCCAAAAUUGUCAAGAUUGUCGAUGUCUCGUAUGGUGGCGAGAAUGGUUUCAAUCAGGCUAUCGAGCUGGCCGCCGAGACGCUGUCCAAUGUCAAGUUCGUCCAGGAGAAGAGACUCAUCCAAAAAUACUUUGACGAAAUCUCCAUGGAGACAGGCAAGUACUGCUUCGGUCUGGAAGACACCUUCAAGGCCUUGGAUCUUGGUGCCGUAGAGACUUUGAUCGUUUGGGAGAAUUUGGACGUCACACGCUAUGUGCUCAAAGACAGUGACGGCAGCCAGCAGGUUUUGAUGCUGACCAAGGAGCAGGAGAAGGAUCGCAGCCGCUUCAUGGAUCGUGCCACUGGCGAGGCCAUGGAACAAGUCGAAGAACCCAUGCCACUUCUCGAAUGGCUUGCAGAAAACUACCGUCAGUUCGGUACUAACCUCGAAUUCGUCACUGAUCGAUCGCAAGAGGGUAUGCAGUUCUGCAAAGGAUUCGGUGGCAUCGGUGGUAUUCUGCGAUACAAGGUCGCCUUCGAGGACAUGGCCGUAUUCGAGGACGAGGACGAGUUCAUGAGCGACGACUCGGACGACUAA